CAGACCUCGUCUGUCGAAGGAGAAAAUGCGGAAAUUGACAUUGCGUUUGUUUUUGGGGAUCUUAUUUUUUUUGGUGGGGGAAGGCGAUGUCAAGGCAUAAAUAACACUACUCGUCAAACAAUGAACAAAUAACUUCACCAAAAAAAAUAAAUGUAUGAUUUCGCUUUAGCUACCAAAACAAGGCUUCAGGUUUUGUGCAUCACAGGAGAGAUGGCGUCAGUGAAAGACAGCAGUCAGACACUCCUGCUCAAUGUCAUCACGAAAGAUAAAGAGGAGGAAGUGAAGAUUUGGGAAUGUGAUGAUUACCCAGGUAAGGAAGGGAAUGUGAUGAUUACCCAGGUAAGGAAGGGAAUGUGAUGAUUACCCAGGUAAGGAAGGGAAUGUGAUGAUUACCCAGGCAAGGAAGGGAUUGUGAUGAUUACCCAGGUAAGGGAGGGAAUGUGAUGAUUACCCAGGUAAGGAGGGGAAUGUGAUGAUUACCCAGGUAAGGAGGGGAAUGUGAUGAUUACCCAGGUAAGGAAGGGAAUGUGAUGAUUACCCAGGUAAGGAAGGGAAUGUGAUGAUUACCCAGGUAAGGAAGGGAAUGUGAUGAUUACCCAGGGAAGGAAGGGAAUGUGAUGAUUACCCAGGUAAGGGAGGGAAUGUGAUGAUUACCCAGGUAAGGAAGGGAAUGUGAUGAUUACCCAGGUAAGGAAGGGAAUGUGAUGAUUACCCAGGUAAGGAGGGGAAUGUGAUGAUUACCCAGGUAAGGAAGGGAAUGUGAUGAUUACCCAGGAGAGAGUCUAGAGGCGACGUCAGUGAAGAUGGCAGACAGAAGUCAAACACUGGGGCUGAAUGUCACCAUUAACAGAGAGGAGAAGGAAGACGUUGGUGAAUCUGUUGAUCCUGGAGAGACCCCUAACUCCUCUGACCAAGUUGAGACAUUUCCUGCUUCAGUCAAGCAACGUCGGAAAGUGAGCAAAGUGAAGAAGCCUCACCGCUGUCCCCACUGUGAGAAGAGUUUCCCGUUCCUUUCAUAUCUUGAAAGACACGCGCGAAAACAUUCUGGAGAGAAACCGUACUCCUGCUCUGACUGUGGGAUGAGUUUCUCCCAACUGAGUGGCUUGAACGUGCACCAUCGAACGCACACUGGAGAGAAGCCUCACCGCUGUCCUCACUGUGAGGAGAGUUUCCCGUUCCUUUCAUAUCUUGAAAGACAUCUGCGUAAACAUUCUGGAGAGAAGCCUUAUUCCUGUUCUGACUGUGGGAUGAGUUUCUCCCAACUGAGUGGCUUGAACGUGCACCAUCGAACGCACACUGGAGAGAAGCCUCACCACUGUCCUCACUGUGAGAAGAGUUUCCCAUUCCCAUCGUAUCUUGAAAUACACCUGCGGAAACAUUCUGGAGAGAAACCGUACUCCUGCUCUGACUGUGGGAAAUGCUUCACAACAUCAAGUCAUCUAACCUCUCAUCGGAGAACUCACACAGGGGAGAAGCCUUACUCCUGCUCUGACUGUGGGAAGAGUUUCCCAUUCCCAUCAUAUCUUGAAAGACACCUGCGGAAACAUUCUGGAGAGAAGCCUUACUGCUGCUCUGACUGCGGGAAAUGCUUCACCACAUCAAGCAAUCUAACGCUACAUCAGAGUGCACACAGGGGAGAAGCCUUGGAGCCAAUUUGAGUUCAAAAGAAUUGACCCAAAAAGAAAAAGAACAGAAAUGAAAAAAAUAAUUGUGAAGUAAUGCAUGGUGAAACUGAAAUGUAAAAAAAAAAAACAUAAUUAUGUAAACAAAAAAGUGAAUUGUAUGAAAAAAAAAUGUCGAAUUCAAACACAUUGAAAAUGAUUUUCAAAACA